AUGGCAACCCUGCGCGCCAAGAGGCGCAUCUUUCGAGAUGACCCAAGGAGCGGGUCCUCUCGCGUCAGAUGGGAGGUGCAGCGUGGUGGCGCUGGCCUGGAAGCUGAUGCACUUUGGAGGCUGCGCCUGGCGGUCAAAGACCUGCCUCCAGAGCACGCAGCAGGCCUGGCUGCCAUAGGAGUGAAGGGUGCGGCGAAAGCUCUGAAGAAGGACCAGGCUUUGCUGGUGUUCCUCUGCGUGGAAGGGGUACCCACGGUGCUCAUUCAGCAUCUCCCAGUGAUGUGCGCCUUCAAGAAAGUCCCAGUGGCGGUCAUCGCCACGAACCCCGAGACCCUUGGCACUGCGGCGGCACCCUUCAGGCCACGGCAGAAUGGGCUUCGCACGGCGGCUGUGACCUUGCUGAAGAGCUGCCGCCGCGAGAAGCGUUUGGCCGAACUCGUGGAGCGCUUGCAGGCCUCCCUCCCUCCAGUGAAGCUACCAUUCUUGCGCUCAGCCAGUGAUGCGCCGCGCUUGCGUGCCCAGAUGCAGGCAGAGGCGGUAGAGAACACAGAGAACCUCAAGAAGGAGGAGGAGGCUCAGGCUGAAGACUUCAUCCAGUUCGAGUCGCCUUUCGCCGGCUCCGGCUGGAAAGGCUUCCAAAGCGCCAAAGGAAAGGGACGUGAAAAGACUGUCCCUUGGGCCGGACCGCCAAAGCGACGGCGAGAGAGAGGUGCGCCACAGAAGCGUGAGGAGCGCCCUCUUCAGGGCCCUUCACAGCUCGCCAAGAACCGACAUGGCAUCAAGCGACUUGAGGACGAACACCCUCCAGUGCGGAACGAACGGCUGGAGCCGGGGCUGCCUCGGGCGGAAGCAGAUCCCCCAGAGCCGAUCCCCGAGCUCCAAGUGCAGGACCAGCAGCCCUCUACUGCCUCUGCGCAGGCUCCACGGUUUGCGGCGGAAGGGAUGACCAUUUUUGACUUCUUCGACGGCAUGGAGGGACCAUGA